AUAAGAUAUAAUAUAUAUUUUUUUUCCAGUUCUAAAAUGGAUUCCAAAGAUGAAAGUUCUAUUUACCCUGUGGAAAGCAGUUCUGUAAUGGAUGCUCUGGAGUCUGACUCUACAGUCCUGAAUGACAAAGAAUUACAUCCUCUGAAAGUGUAUUUAAGAGUGCGCCCCUUCUCGAAGGCAGAGCUUGCAAGCAAUGAAUCCCAGGACUGUGUGACUUUAGAGAACACGGAAACCGUAUCUCUUCAAGCUCCAAAAGACUCAUCUGCCAUGAGAAAUUGUGAAAGAGGGAUUGGACAAUCUAUACACAAAUUUACUUUCACUCGGAUUUUUGGACCGGAUACAACACAGGCAGACUUUUUUGAUGGCACAAUGAAGGAUUUGGUAAAUUCCUUUAUUACUGGGCAAAACGGACUUGUGUUUACAUAUGGUGUGACCAAUGCUGGUAAAACCUUUACUGUGCAAGGUAACCCAAAAGAUGGUGGUAUUCUUCCCCGAGCGCUGGAUGUUCUAUUUAGCUACGUAUGUGGUAGACAGUACCCAAAGAUGAAUUUAAAGCCCUACCUGGGUAAUGAUGUCAUGAAGCUGGAUCCUGCUCAACUGAAACAAGAGGAGGCUAUGAAAAACGCUCUCCUUUCCUCUGCAAAAGAGGAUGGUAUGAAGACUGCUAUAAGCUCUAGUAACCUGAAGCAAAACGCAUAUUCAAGUGAAAAUAUCCCAGCUUGCUCGGAUGAUGAACAAAACCUGUUCCAGUUCUCCACUUGGGUGUCCUUCUUUGAGAUCUAUAAUGAAUAUGUUUAUGACUUGCUGGAUCACUUCCCAUUAAAGAACCAAAAGCGGCCAGCUCUUAAAAUCAGUGAUGACCAGUCAGGCACUUCAUAUGUAAAAGAUUUGAAGUGGUUUAAUAUAACUAGCACGGAGGAAGCUUGCAAAAUACUGCAAAUUGGCAACAAAAACAGAAGUUUGGCAUCUACUCGGAUGAACCAGCAAUCCAGUCGCAGCCAUAGUAUAUUCACAGUUCGACUUUUGAAACUAAGUUCUGCUGAAGACCCCAUUGUUCUUGGAGUCUCAGAGAUGUCUCUCUGCGACUUGGCUGGGUCUGAAAGGUGCAAUAAAACACAGACUGUGGGAGACCGUUUGAAAGAAGCUGGUAACAUAAAUACAUCUCUGCUCAUCCUUGGCAAGUGCAUUGCCGCUUUAAAACAAAGUCAGAACCCAAAAAAGAUAAACUACGUGCCAUUCAGGGAAAGUAAGCUGACUCGGCUCUUCCAGCCAUUUUUUUGUGGCAAAGGCAAAGCUUGUAUGAUUGUCAAUAUUAACCAGUGUGCAUCGACCUAUGACGAAACUCUUCACGUUAUGAAGUUUUCAGCAGUUGCUAAACAAGUGGUUCAAACUAUUCAACCCAGAAACUUUGAAUUUAUGAACUCAAGAGUAGUGGGGAAAGAUGGCAAGGUUAUCGUCGAAAUUGAUGCUGAUGUGUCUAUCGAGGAUCUUCUUUCGGAGGAGGAAGAGGAAAUUGAUGUCAGUAUCUUAUGUCCAGAGGACCUUCUGAGAAAGAUAGAAGAACUAAAAGAGAAGCUUUUUGCUGAACGCCAAAACAAACUGGUUCUUGAAUUACAGAUCCGAAAAGAAAUGGGUGAAGCAAUGUAUAAACAGAUGGUGGAUCUAGAUGAAGGUUAUAGUCGGCGCAUUGAAGAACUUAGAGAAACCUAUGAGGACCAAGUGGAGAGCAGGUUAGAACUGUACAAAAAGGCGAUAAAAAAUCAUGCCUAUCGGCAGGCCCUGGAAGAACUUGAAGAGAACUAUGUGCCACUAGAUGAAUUCCAGGCUGAGCAAGAGAAAGCUGAGGAGCAAGAGAAUAGAGUCAAAGAGUUGGAAAUUGCACUUGGUCAAAGAAAAUAUUCAGGAGGGGAUGAUGCAAGCAAAGAACUCAAUGUAAUGUCACAGACCCUGGAAAUUGUAACAAAGAGAUGCCAAGAGAAAGAUCAGGUCAUUUCAAACCUGCAGGCCCAGUUAGAGAAUAUUAAAGAUGAAGCUGCCUUGAAUGCCGUACGAUUGAAUGAAGAGAACCAAAUGUUGAAACAGCAACUGAAAUUUAAGGAGCAAGAAGUUAAAGGACUUCAGAGUCUGGCAGAACGGGCAAUUCAGCUAGAGGCUUCCGUAACUGAACUACGGGCAGAGCUUGAUGAAUGUCGGAAAACUUUCUCCCCAAUUGACCUUGCUGAACCAAAACCUAAAAAAGGCUUGUUUUCCAAUCUUCGAAACACCAUGUCUGGCACCCCGAAAAAGAGCAGCAAAUCAGCUGAUAAAGUGGACAGUGCAUACAUGCUCAGGAAAAAAACAUUGUCUCGUAAAUAA